UGAGAUGAUUUGCUAAAUUCCCUGUCUCAACAUUUUCCUCCAAUCCCAAACCCAAACCCUUUUCAUUCCCUUAAAUCUUCUUCCUUUAGCAUCCCAUGGUUCUGGGCAUAUUCCAAAGUUUCCCCUUCCCAAAUCAGCAGAAUUUCAAGAAAUCCUUUUUCUUUUCAGCUUUAUUUUCUUGGAAAAUUUGCGGAAAUCGGUAGUUGUCUUGGUGGUGUUUGCUUGAAAUUUUUCAGUCUUCAAAGAUCUGAACUUUUUGUAGUUGGAUUUAGAAGCUUAUCAAUAUUGACGGCGACCCGCUUCUUUUAUUUUUCUUCUUGUUUGGUGUUGAUAGUAAAGAUUGCAUUUUGGUCGUUUUGACUGCUGUUUUGUGCUCUAAUCCAGAAACCCAAUUGGGUGGAAGAUCCAGAAAUUUGAAGCUUUAGUUAAGGUCUGUUGUGUAGAUCAGAAAAAGCUGAGACUUUGAUUAUCUGUGAUUGUUUGGAGUUGGGAGAGCUUUUUGGUUGGAUUUUGAGAAGUAUUAGAUUGAUUCCUGCAACAAAGUUUUAGAUGGGAAAUUGUUGUGCAGUGCCACAAACUUCUGAUGAGAAGAUUAAGAGGAAACAUAAGCCAAAUCCCUUUGCUACUGAUAAUGGUGGUCAUGCAGUACCAAAUGGUGGAUAUAAGUCUUAUGUGUUGAGCAAUCCAACGGGGCAUAAUAUUGAGGAGUUCUAUGAGCUGGGACGGGAGCUCGGUCGAGGUGAAUUCGGGGUCACGUAUCUGUGCACUGAUAAAACUACUGGGGAAGUGUUUGCUUGUAAAUCGAUAUCAAAGAAGAAGCUGAGGACUAGAGUUGAUAUUGAAGAUGUUAGGAGAGAAGUCGAAAUCAUGAGGCAUUUGCCUAAGCAUCCGAAUAUCGUAAGCUUGAAGGAUACCUAUGAAGAUGAUCAUGCUGUCCACUUAGUUAUGGAGUUGUGUGAGGGUGGUGAAUUGUUUGAUAGGAUUGUUGCUAGAGGGCAUUAUACCGAGAGGGCUGCUGCUGCCGUGAUUCGCACAAUUGUUGAAGUUAUUGAGAAUUGCCAUAAGCAUGGCGUCAUGCAUCGUGAUCUUAAGCCUGAAAAUUUCUUGUUUGCGAAUAAGAAGGAGACAGCACCACUUAAGGCCAUUGAUUUUGGGUUGUCAGUUUUCUUCAAGCCUGGGGAGAGAUUCAAUGAGAUCGUGGGAAGUCCUUACUACAUGGCCCCCGAGGUGCUGAAGAGAAACUAUGGUCCGGAAGUUGACGUUUGGAGUGCUGGUGUUAUUCUCUACAUCUUACUUUGUGGUGUUCCACCUUUUUGGGCUGAAACUGAACAAGGAGUUGCCCAAGCAAUCAUUCGUUCGGUUGUGGACUUCAAAAGAGACCCUUGGCCUAAGGUUUCUGAUAGAGCAAAGGAUCUGGUCAAGAAGAUGCUCAACCCUGAUCCCAAAAAGCGGCUUACGGCACAGGAAGUUCUAGAUCAUCCUUGGAUACAGAAUGCAAAGAGUGCUCCUAAUGUUUCUCUUGGUGAAUCUGUCAGAGCUAGGCUCAAGCAAUUCUCAAUGAUGAAUAAGCUGAAGAAACGAGCUCUAAGGGUGAUUGCCGAGCAUUUGUCAGUCGAGGAAGUGGCAGGCAUAAAAGAGGGAUUCCAAUUGAUGGACACGAGCAACAAGGGAAAGAUUGAUAUUAAUGAGUUGAGAACUGGACUACACAAGCUUGGUCAUCAGAUCCCGGAAGCUGAUCUUCAAGUUCUCAUGGAAGCUGGUGACGUAGAUAAGGAUGGAUAUCUCGACUGUGGCGAGUUUGUCGCCAUUUCUGUACACCUAAGAAAGAUGGGCAGUGAUGACCAUCUCCGGAAAGCUUUCGAGUUCUUUGAUAAAAACGAAAGUGGGUAUAUAGAGAUUGAAGAGCUGAGAGAAGCACUUGCUGAUGAAGCAGAGACGAGUGAAGAUGUGAUUAAUGCGAUUAUUCAAGACGUAGAUACAGACAAGGACGGACGCAUAAGUUAUGAGGAGUUUGCUGCAAUGAUGAAGGCGGGCACAGACUGGAGAAAGGCAUCAAGACAAUACUCACGAGAACGAUACAAUAGUCUCAGCCUGAAACUGAUGAAGGACGGAUCACUACAAAUGGGCAACGAAGGUAGAUAACCACAAGAAUCAAGCAAAGAAAGACAGCCUUUUUAGUACUCUAAUUCGUCUCAUUUUGUAUUCUUCUAUUAGUUAAUUCCUACAUCAUACUGCUUGUGAGAUACUUGCGCGUUUGAGGAUAACUUAGAUAUAGGUCCUCAGUAGUGACGUUAUUACGAUUUCAUCGUUUCCUGGUUUGUUUGUUCGGAGGGCUCUUGAGAUGUAAAGUAUUAUUUCAAUUUUUGGUGUUACGUGGAGGGGAACUGUGGUAAAGUGUUUGUGGAUGUAAAUAUGUUGCUACGAUGUUUUGGAUUGAGCUGUCCCAAGGCUUUUGCUGUUCAUAAUGUGUAUGUCCCUUUAACUUC